CCGCCUUCGCCUCACUAAUCGCCUUUCCGCACACUUGGUCGCAUUCGAGUUCGAGUCCCCCAAAUCCGCGAGUCCGAGGAGAGCAGAAGGAAGUCGACUAGAAGAGGAGAUGGCCCGUACGAAGCAGACUGCCCGAAAGUCCACCGGCGGCAAGGCGCCACGCAAGCAGCUCGCUACCAAGGCGGCGAGGAAGUCCGCGCCGACGACCGGCGGCGUGAAGAAGCCCCACCGCUACAGGCCCGGGACGGUGGCGCUGCGCGAGAUCCGCAAGUACCAGAAGAGCACAGAGCUGUUGAUCCGGAAGCUGCCCUUCCAGCGCCUGGUCCGCGAGAUCGCGCAGGACUUCAAGACGGAUCUGCGGUUCCAGAGCCACGCCGUUCUGGCACUCCAGGAGGCGGCCGAGGCCUACCUCGUGGGGCUCUUCGAGGACACCAACCUCUGCGCCAUCCACGCCAAGCGCGUCACCAUCAUGCCCAAGGACAUCCAGCUCGCGCGCCGCAUCCGUGGCGAGCGCGCGUAACCCCCACGUUGGGACCAGCAGGGCGGAAGGGCGAUCAGGAUGGUGUCGACUCGUUGAUUCCCUUCCCCGUUCAGAUCUGAACUAGCUGUAACAGUCUCGUUUUAAUUAGUGUAAUGUAAAAACAGGAGUACAAUUCUCGUUUGUGCUGUUACUUAGGUUUGCUUCGCGAUGAAGCAAGCUCGUCAAAGACUUAUUGGUUGUUGUUACUAAAUGAAAUCACAAUGUUCUUAAAUCUUAA